AUGGAUAAUACAGAGAAUCAAAAUGACACGACUUUCGACGACUAUGACUGGAUGCCAUUAAAUGCUGCAUCCGCACCUCAGCAUCCAUAUCCCACACCUAUUUCCUUCUCGCCAACCCAGGCCCCCACCCAAGCCUUUUCACAGUAUAUGUCUGCUCCGCCACCAUCUGCAGGGAGUACCACGCCAAAGGUAGCAAUACCCCGCCUAGCGGGUUCCGACGCCUUGUUGCACGGGCGCCGACGGUCAGCCCGGGCCUGCGAGCCUUGUCGCCAGCGCAAGAUCAAAUGUGACGGUAUCCGGCCAUCUUGCGGACAAUGUGCAUACCACAAUCACUCCUGCGCCUACGAGGAUGUCAAACGAGUGCGUGACCAAAAGCGACUGGGCUCCUUGGUCAAGCGAGUGGAUAAAUACGAAGCUCUUCUUCGAGAGCUCGAAGUCGAGGUAGACCCUCCUACAGCUCGAAAGAUCAAAAAAGCACUAAAGUCCAAAAGCGGGAAACCCCCUAGAAAACCUAGAAACAAUUUCGAAGCCGAUGAUUCAUCUACAUCUAUGGGCUCACUAGAUGCUAUCGACCAGGUUGACGAAGACCUUGAUCGGAACGAAGUGACCCGCGCUGCGGGAUUCUUUGGGAAGAAUUCAGAGGUCAAUUGGAUUCGCAAGUUGGAGAGCAGCGUGGAGAUGAAGAGUCCUCAGGAUCAUGUACCGAAUCAUUUCCACAUGGAGAAUCACCGUAAACCAACGUCUAUUCAACAGCAGCAGCAGUCAUUGGAAAAGCAAAUUCCAACUUCGAUGAUGGAUUAUCAUCUCGAUAGCCUGGAUAUUCCGUUCAUUGAACCGUGUGACCCAUUGGCUGUGCCCCCGCGGGAAUUGGCAGAUCGAUACUUCGAUGCCUACCUGACCAACGUUCAUCCGAUAUUCAGUGCGAUUCGGAAGAUGACCUUUAUCUCCCAGUAUCAGAAGUUCUUCAAUAAUGCAUCAACACCCCCCCGGAAAUGGUUGGCCAUUCUGAACAUGAUCUUUGCUAUUGGUUGUCGCUACUGUCGACUCAUAGAUCACCCCCAAAGCACCGGCGAGGAAGACCUGCUAUACCUGACCCGGGCGCGUCAUCUCGGUCUACACAGCAAUGUGCUAUUCGAGCACACCGAUCUCCAGCAGAUCCAACUUGAACUUCUCGUAGCAGUUUACCUGCUUUGUCUGGGACAGGUCAACAGAGCAUCUAAAUUCUCCAACAUGGCUCUCCGCUCAGCCCUAUCCCUCGGCAUCAAUCUCCGCCUAAUAGACGACCGCACCAAAGACGCCGCCAAAGAGACCCGCGGCCGUCUCUGGUGGUCCAUCUACUCCCUUGAGCACCUUAUAACCUCAAUGACCAGCCGCGCCUCCUGUGUCGGCGAAGGCCUCUGCUCCGUCCCCCCGCCCCUCCCCUACGAAGAAGAAACCUUUGACCAACACGACGCCAAGUACCUCCUCCAAGAUCCCGCCCUCCGCGAAGCCCAACUUCGCUUCACCCUCUUCGAAGCCCCCGGUCAACACCACACCCCCGCAUGGGUGACUUCCUGUCCACCCUGUCAAUCCCUAUUCUUCUACUUCCUUGUCGACCUGACCCUCAUAACCCACGCUCUCAUGAACAAAGUCUACAGCAUCGAAGGUCUCCGCAAAGGCCCCAGCCAAGUAGAAUACCACGUCCAGAGAUUCAGUCUCCAAAUGGACCGCUGGCUCUCAAAACUUCCCCUCUUCUACCAAUUCAUCCUACCAAACACAACCCCCUCGCACAUAAACCACCUGCAACUAAACGAUCUCUCCGCCCCUUUCCUCCGUGAACGUGUCUGUCUAGCAAUGAACUACUACUCCGCUCGAAUCACCCUCUGCAGACCAUGUCUAAGUCACAUCCAUCAAUCCCCCCGCCACGCCACUCUAGUAGGCGAAUCCACUGCGCGCGGAAAACUCCGAUAUGAAAUGGCCACACAUUGUCUACAAGCUUCCUGUGCACUUAUUUCCGUUCUCCCCGAAGACCCGGACAUGACAUGGCUAGCCCGCGCCGCGCCGUGGUGGAGUAUCCUGCAUUUUCUCAUGCAGGCUACUACUGCUCUAUUGUUGGGUUUGUCAUACUGUUCUACCCAACAUAGGUCUACCAGCCCUGAUCGUGCGAAUUCGCUCCUCUCGCCUGCCACCCUAUCCAUAUCGCAGGGAGUUUACCCCCCGCUACUGGAAAAGGAUUUGAGUACGACUAUUGCGGCGACGAAGAAGGCGCUGUUUUGGCUUCAUGCUACUGCUUUCGUGGAUCCAGCGGCGCGGAGAGCAUUUCUGCUUUGUGAUGGAAUUAUUCGGAAGAUUGCGUCUGGGUUGGGGAUUGAUUUGAGUGAAUGGCCGGAUGGGAGUUCUUUUGAGGGCUUGAUGGAGGGGAGGUCGAGGGGGUCUAGUGGGAAUGGGAAUGGGGAUUGGGGGGAUAGUAGUGGGAGUAAUGGAUAUGAUAGUGGGAGUGGGAUGGAGGCGCUUGAGGAGUUGGUUGAUUUCGAAGGUGGUGUCUUUUAG